AUGGGAGGAUACGCAGAGACAUUACUCCCAGGCUCUGCGCCUCCCGCUGUACCAACAACUGCGUUUCUCGGGUUCUUGGCUCUCCUUUGGAUCAUUCUCACACGAGAAGCAACUCCAUUGCGAAAAAUCCCUGGCCCAUUUCUUGCCAGUAUCACAAGACUAUGGAUCGUCCAAAAACAACGAAGUUUUCAAAGACCGCUCGUGGACAUUGAUCUGCACAAGAAAUACGGACCAAUUGUUCGCAUUGCUCCGAACGAAGUUCUGAUUUCGAGUCCUCAGGCUUUUCGAACAGUUUAUGGAGCUGGUAGUAAUUUCAGGAAAGGAGACUGGUACAUCGGGACGAGUGCAUGUGGAUGGUCCGGUGAUGACAACCUGGAUUUUCUCAAUGAGCAAAACGUUGAAAAGUACCGCACUCAAAGACGGGCUGUAGGACCCGCGUAUUCCGAGGCUUCGAUGAAAGAUCUGGAACCUCAGAUUGAUGAGGUUCUUGAGAAAGAUAUUAGCAUCAUGCGGCAACGAGCAGAUUGUUAUUCUAUGACUUCGUUUUCGAAAUCUAAGGAUUUGGUUGAGAAGAAUGAGGUCGAUGGCUCUAUUCAUGCAAUUCAUGCUGCUUGGAAAUAUAUGCAUGUAAUCGGAUACUUCCCCCUCCUUCAUCGAGCGCUCACAGCGGUCUUGCACAUCGCAUCCAGCGGGUCAACAUCCAUCAUCCACAUGAUCAACACAUUCUUCCCAUUCAUAGAGCGAGAAACUCGCGGCGCCAAAACAACAUCCGACAAUCCAUUCGCAUUCCCGAUUCUUAAUGUAGAAGCUCGUUUCGAGGCCCGCAAAUCCUCCUCCCUUGACCCAAAAUCGCAACAUGUUCCCAACGAUAUAGCAGGAAAGCUCUUCCAGCUUCAAGCCGACAAGGGAGUCCUGAAAGACCACUGGGUGAUGAAUAUGGUGAUGACGAACUUCGGAGCCGGUGUGGAAACUACUGCCAUUGUGGUCUCUACACUAAUCAACAACAUCGUCUCUCAUCCUGGAUGUCAAGAGAAAGUACAUGCUGAGCUUGACAAAGCGAGGAAAGAGGGGAGGAUAGGGAAAAUUCCGCAGUUGAGAGAGAUGAAAGAGCAGUUGCCGUAUUUGAAUGCUUGUUUGAUGGAGAGUAUGCGGAUGCAUUCUGUGGUUGGUAUGCCGCUUGUGAGAGUUGUGCCAGAAGGUGGUGUUGAGUUGGAGGGGAAGUGGUUACCUGCUGGUACUACUGUGGGGAUCAAUCCUUGGGUUUUGUGCAGAGACAAAUUUCUGUAUGGGGAAGAUGCAGAUGAAUGGCGACCUGAGAGAUGGCUAGAGUACAGCCCUGACAAACUCAAAUACCUUGGUAUGCUCCCCUAUGCUAUGGCUGCUUGUUUCUCAUCCUUAACUUCAACAGAAACAUACAGCGUCUCAUUCGGCACUGGAGCUAGAUCAUGUCCUGGAAAAUACCUCGCCCAAGCAGUCUACACCAAAAUGAUCCCGAUGCUGUUCCAAGAUUUCGAAUGGAGCUAUACAAAUCCAGAAGCGAAGAAGGUGCUGCAGUGUACUUUUUCUGUAAGGUAUAUGAAGUUGAUGAUGCAAUGGAAAUUACGAGAGCAGACUGCAUGA